CUCAGUUCGCGGGAAGAGCUUAGGGGCGAUUUGUGUUGUUUUUAAUUUAGAAUUAAAAAGCGGGUUUAAGCUGCGAGGAUCAUCGGAUCACAAUGUUGUUUCAGUGUGUGGUUGAUCGGGGAGUCACUAAAAGACGGAACGUUAACAGGCGAGAAUAUCCACUGUCAUCUCUAUUGGAGUGUUACCAGUGCGCCCGUCAUGAUGAGCACAUCUCGUACGGAAACACAGCGGUUGCCGUGCCUCCAUUUGGAUGCAGCUUCUCCACAGCUUCUGGACAGAGCAACACUCUGGCUGUUGCGAAUGAGGAGGGGAUCGUAUGCAUCUACAACACUGCUGAGAAACAGCGCGCAGUGCUGAAGGAAUGGCCUGCGCAUGAUAACGCAGUGUUUGACAUCGCCUGGGUUCCUGGAGCGAACAGCUUGGUGACCGCAUCUGGAGAUCAGACGGCGCGUCUGUGGGACGUGCCCACAGAGGAGCUGCUGGGCAGCUUUAAGGGUCAUCAGUGCAGCCUGAAGUCUGUGUCCUUCCCCAAGCAGGAGAAAGCUGUUUUCUGCACUGGAGGCAGGGACGGGAACAUCAUGGUGUGGGAUAUGAGGUGUAGUAAGAAAGAUGGCUUCUACAGGCAGGUGAAGCAGAUAAGUGGAGCUCAUAUGAAGACGGAGGGAAACACUCCCCAGACCAAGAAGAAACGUGCUUCAUCCAGAGGAAUGGCUCCUUCUGUGGACUCUCAGAGAGGUGUGACGGUGGUUCUUUUCCGUGAUGAAAACACGCUCAUCUCCUCAGGAGCUGUAGACGGGAUGAUUAAGAUGUGGGAUUUGCGUAAGAACUACACGGCGUACCACCAGAACCCCACUCCUCUGCAGAUGUACAAAUAUCCCGGCUCCAGUACACGCAAACUAGGUUAUUCAGGCCUCACGCUGGAUUCCACCGGCUCCAGACUGUUCUGCAACUGCACAGACGACAACGUGUACAUGUUCGACAUUAGUGGACUGAAAACAGCACCAGUGGCUGUGUUCAGCGGUCACCGUAACUCUUCUUUCUAUGUGAAGUCCAGCGUAAGUCCGGAUGAUCAGUUCCUGGCCAGCGGCUCCAGUGACUUCCACGCCUACAUCUGGAAGAUCUCUAAUCCAGCACAAGCUCCAGUGAUGCUGCAGGGUCAUAGCCAGGAAGUGACCUCAGUCACCUGGUGCCCCACAGAUUUCACAAAGAUCGCUACCUGCUCAGAUGACAACACCGUGCGGAUCUGGCGGCUUAACCGUGGUGUAGAAGGGGAGAGGUCUUCUGUUGGAGAAGCUAACCUUGUAGGCUGGGCACAGCGCAAAAUUCAAACUCCAUCUCGGUCAUCUGGCCAUUUUGCCCAUAUGGAGCUCACCCCUGCUCGGAUCUCCAGCAUGGCCAGUGUAGGUGGUCUGGCUUCUCCUCAGCCCGGAUCCUGUCCGUCCAGUGAUGCUGAUUUGCCUCCUGCGUCCAGCACCUCCGUACCUGCUCACAAAAACAGCCCCACCCACCCUAAGACCCCUAAAACCCCCCAAACGCCCUCCUCCAUCCGUCACUGGGUGUCCCGUACACCUGGUUCCCACGGUAACCAUACCACACCCCCUCUCCGGAAGGUUCUGAGCCCAUGUCCUCAAAGCCCUGAGCGCGUCUCGCCUUCUGAGAGGAGAGCAAAACGACGCCUGGAGACGAGCGACACCACCCUGGAUCACCAUGACAACAGCGACGGUGUUGCUGAGCUGUGGCCAGGCGCCAAAAGGAGCCGAGGGUCAGCCGGAACUUUCCAACACUCAGCAGAGGAGGAGGAGGCAAAAUCUGCGAGUUUGGAGCUGAAAGAAGAGCCGCUUACAUCGUCUGUCCAAGCAGACAAGGAGAACAGCUCACCGUCCAAACCAAACUGGCUCUCUGCAAUGAGCCGAAGACUUAAACAGGCCCAGAAAGGGGCAGCUUUAUCCAAGAGUCCAAACGGGGGCAAGAGACACGAAUCCAGGGCACAGUCUGUUUCUACGUCAAGUUCUCCACACUCUGUGAGGAAGAUCUCCUCCCCGCAAGCUAAGCAGACGUCUUCUCCACGUUCCAUGAAGAAGAUUUCUUCAUACUUUCAAAAAACACCUCAGAAAUGAUUCUUAGGUUUUUAAAAUCUCCAGGAAAGGUCCAGGCUUCAGAUCUGACCAGAGACUUUUAGUUGGACCCACCAUCGUUCUGGUGUUCCUGGAGGAACAUCAGAGACGGGAAUAAAAUUAAAUUUUUCAAAAGCGUUUUUAUAAGAAACAUGCAGUGCUGCAUGUAUUAUAUUGUAUAUUUUACCCUUCUUCAUUUUUUUAAAUGAGAA